AUGGGUCUGGGCGAGUCUGUUCUGCGCGGGUACUUACUCGACUAUAAAUCCGAGGAGAGGAGAGGUUUGGGAGAGGGAAGAUCCACGUCACUUCUGGUUUAUCCCGAAGACACAAGAAACAACAGGCCCACUGCAAUGGGAUUUCCCUAUGGGGUCGAGUCAUUUUGGAAAGACUAUGAAGAAGAGAAAGAACGUGAAAAAGAAGAAAUUGAGAGGUAUGAUUCGAGGGACCCGUACAGAGAGAAGGACAAAGAAAAAGGAGAAGAUAGGACUUGGGAGCUCUUCCUAGCCUUGACGGGCCAGACGCAGACCACCUUGUAA